AUUUCUUCGGUCCCUCCUUCCUCUCCCCAACAAUAUCAUCAAUAUCACAGCUGUCGGUCUCAACCUUCGUCAUUCGUUUCCCUCAGAAUAAUCCCUGAUCUACCGUCUCCUUCUCCCUCUUUGAGUUGGCUGGUUCCGACUACACUUGACGACAGUGAAAUUCUUGAACAUGCAAUGAACGAUUUCUAUUAUGGUUAAAAAGGCUGACCGAAAAUAUGGAGUUGUUCUGGACGCGGGUUCGUCUGGCACCAGAGUGUACAUAUACCGAUGGGUCAAGAAUGCCGUUGCUCGACAGGGCGCAGCAUCGUUGCAAACUCUCCCUGUGUUAGAAACAAAGGAAAAAUGGACGAAGAAAGUUCACCCAGGCGUGUCGACAUUCGGCGACGACCCUGAAUCCGUGGGCCCAGAUCAUCUCAAAACGCUUCUCAAACACGCUCUCCGUCACGUCCCCAAGGAAGCCGUUCCUGAAACCCCCAUAUUCCUUCUUGCGACGGCCGGCAUGCGUCUUCUACCGGACCAGAAACAAAAAGAGAUUUUGAACAAUAUAUGCUCCUACAUCCGCUCUGAGACUGACUUCUCACUUCCUGACUGCGAUUCACAUGUACAAGUAAUACCUGGCGAAACUGAAGGGCUCUAUGGUUGGUUAGCUGCAAACUACCUAUUGGGAGGGUUCGACGCUCCGCAAGACCAUGAUCAUGGCAAAGGGCAUCACACAUAUGGCUUCCUGGACAUGGGUGGUGCCUCAGCCCAAAUUGCAUUUGCGCCAAAUGCUACAGAAGCGGAAAAGCACGCCAACGAUCUGACACUUCUCCGUUUGAGAACAAUAGAUGGGACUCCGCAAGAACAUAAAGUUUUCGUGACAACUUGGCUUGGGUUCGGCGCAAACGAGGCGCGAAAGCGCUAUGUCGAGGAUCUCGAGGAGACAUAUGGUAUCGACGGCCUUCUUGAGAUGCCGGACCCAUGUCUGCCCAAGGGUUUGAAAUUGACGGAAGAAGGCGAGCUUCUCUCAUCAUCCAAGGAGGCGGACCAUAAGCGAUUUCUUCUUGGGACAGGCAAAUUCGAUGAAUGCCUAAGACGCACGUUUCCUUUGCUCGAAAAAGACGUCCCCUGUCCUGAUGAGCCUUGUCUGGUCCAUGGCGUUCAUGUCCCAACUAUUGACUUUGAGGUGAAUCACUUUAUUGGGAUAAGCGAAUACUGGCACACAACUCACGAAAUAUUCGAGAUGGGUCAUAAAGACAAAGCCUACGACUUCAACACAUAUCAGAAUCGUGUCAGAGACUUUUGCGAACAAGAUUGGGCAAAGAUUCAGGAGGGUGUUGCCGAUAAAACAUGGGGUGGCAAUGUUGAUGAACAAACUGCAUUGGAGGUCUGCUUCAAAGCCAGCUGGUUGAUCAAUAUGCUUCACGAUGGUAUCGGGAUACCCAGAAUCGGCAUUGAAAACACGAAUUUUUCAUCACAUAACGGGACAAAAGAGCUUCUUGAAAGCAGUAAAGAGAAGGGAUUUUUGGAUCCUUUCCAAGCCGUCAACGAGAUCAAAUCCACAGAAGUGAGUUGGACACUGGGUAAAAUGGUCCUUUACGCUUCGGCAGACGUUCCUCCUGCACAUGAGAAUGACCUUCCCGUUGGCUUUGGCAGCAAUGUUCCAGGCGUGCCCGACGACUUCCAAUACCCUAGCGGUGGCAUCCUUCAGGACAUUAAACCUUCUCAUCCUGGCUCGUCAUCCGAGACAGAAAGUCAAAGCAUAACCGACCAGAUCCACGACACUCUCUUCCAUUCCGACGCAUCGCAUCGAUUACCUGGCUUCAUCUUCUUCCUGUUGAUCGUCAUCAUCGCUUCUUUCUACCUCUGUGGACGUGAUCGGAGGUCAAGGAUCUAUAAUUACUUCAUUUCAUCACCCAAGUCUUCGAGGCCUCCUUUCUCUUUCCUCCACAAAAUCCUCUACCGUGGCUCCAAGGCCGGCCUAAAUGAUCGCGACCUUGAGGACGGCACGUCGUCACGUCUGUAUGAUCCGACUGAUUUCGAGCUCGGCAAUCUUUCAGCAUCAAGUUCAGACGAUGAUCUCUCUGUCACACCCCGUCCAACAUCCCGAUCAGGAGUGGACAAGUCUUCUCUAUCCCCGCAGAACAGCCGUCGACACCUUGAUAGGUUAGCGUCUACUGUCAUCGAUCGUACGGGGCUGGUUGUAAGAACGGAGAGUCGUGAGCGACUGGGAGGAGAUACAACAGCCACCAAUGGACGUUCGAAGAGCAGGAGCGGUAGUCCAACUAGAUUGAAGUGAGGUACAAAGCAACAUUGAAUGAGACAAGAUGAUUGGCACAAUAACGAAGUUAAGAGUGGGAUGAUGAUAAUCAUGGACCGGCUUGGUUCUUUUCGGUUGGUGUUUGGGGUCUCGGUAGGAUUAUGUAUAUACAGUGUAUGUUCAAUGCGCUACAGUUAGGGAGGGCAUGUCCGAGGCACAGAAAAUUGGCGUAGACUAGUAGUGGAUAUUGUAUUAUGAAUGGUUGAAUAAACAUACAAACUUUGGGAUGC